GUGGCAGUCACCAACAUCAGCCGGACGCCCAUGAGACACAAUCGGUGGCGUGCUUAGGAGGAAAGUCUCUAUAGAGGCCUUCAUUUCUGUUCGCGGGAACUAUUUCAGUGCCAAGAGGUGUCGCUUGAUGCGUGCGAGUCGAAGCGUGGUUGUCCAAGACUUUCAUUGAAGAACUCUUCCUGGUCAUUGUGCAGACAGUUGCUUGCAACACAGUUACACAUGUGCAACUCAUGUUACAUCGCCAGCUCCCUCCAAUGCAGCUGUGCAAAAGGUCUGUUCGAAGUUGCCCCAUCAGUUCUCCUUUUGCCAUACAUCAUGAUGCAAACUGUCAAUCGUCCAGAACCAGUGGUUUGCUCCCACCUUCUCCCAUGCGCACGCAGAUAUUUGUGAACUUCGGGAUACUAAGCGCUCUCAAACAUUUGAGAAUGUUUCAAGCUUUGACAGGCACGCAGACCCGAACCUUUAAGCAGAACUCUGUUAUGAUAGGAGUACGAUGCGGUCGACACCGGAUAUUGUACGAGACACCCGGAAUUCUGCUGCCAAAGACAUCGCGCAAACAAACUCAAGGACUGGAAUCAACUGCAAAGUUAAGGGCACCAUCUCAAAGGCCAUCCUGAUAACCAUGUGUGAAACAGUACUCACCGAUCAAACAUAG